AUGCCCCCUGGUAUUAUGCCCCCUGGUAUUAUGCCCCUGGUAUUAUGCCCCCUGGUAUUAUGCCCCUGGUAUUAUGCCCCCUGGUAUUAUGCCCCCUGGUAUUAUGCCCCCUAGUAUUAUGCCCCCUUUUACCAUGCCCCCUGGUACCAAGCCUCCCUUCCUAUACCCUCCCCCUGGGUAUCCACCCUACCUCAGCGCCCCACCACAUUACUCUAAUAGCACAGCAGCCUCAAGCCAGACAUACGCAUACACACAGGCUGCUAGAAAUCUCCAGCUCUCAUCUACUCAGCCUGCCAGUAACCACCAGUUAGCAUAUAUCCCACUCCCAUACAACCAGCCCUCUGGCACCCUCCAGCAGCUAAACACCAAGUCCACUGGCAACCUGCUCCAGCUCAUGAACCUCCAACUCCCAAACAGCAAGCCUGCUAGCACCCGCCAGCUUACUUACAUUCAGCCAGCUAGCAACCCCCAGGUCAAAUCUAUUCAGCCUGGUGGGACCCAGCAGCUUACCUACAUUCAGCCCACUAGCAACCCCCAGGUCACAUCUACCAAGCCCGCUAGCACCCGCCAGCUUACAUACAUCCAGCCUGCUAGCAAUCCCCAGGUCACAUCUACCCAGCCCGAUAACGAACUCAAGUUCACAAGCACGGCUGUACUGACGCCAGCACUGAAAGUGUUGACCCCAGGCCCCAUCUCCUUGAACAAGGUUCAACAACUGAAGGAGCUGUCACCCCCCCGCUGUCUGCAUUACGUUAAGACGGUGGUGCCCAAUGGCAGCAAACGCUGCAUGAGACGGUCAAGAGUCACGAGAAACAGGCAGGCGCUUGAAGAAAGGUAUAAUAAAUACAAGAAAGAGGUUCUGAGAAAGAGGAGAAUAUAUCGAGAUCUCCAAGGGAAGAGAGAUGGACUGAUUGCAAGAGCUGCAGCGAAAGUGGCCGCUCGGUUGGCUGCAAAGUAUCCCAGGGCCCUCUCUGAAGCGGAGGCAGAGAGCGAUGUUGAAGGGGAGAAAAAAACAAUGCCUGAAGAAGUGAUUAAGGGGAAACUAAAGAAGAAGCUUGAAGAGUUCAACCUGAAGAUGAAGCGGAAAUCGACGCAACAAACACCAACAUAAACUCAAAGGCAGUUUGUUAUCUUCACUUGGCAUCAUGAGCUCAUCUCCCACUAGAAUAGAACCUGCUGCUGACCCAUCCAGACCCUAUGGACAUUAGUUGGCUUACAUUGUUACCUAUCAUCCAUUUAUUGAUUUGUAAUGAUGCUAACAAAAUGAUUUGUUAUCUUUGAGCCACAUCCUUUAAGGCAACAUAUUGAAGAAUCUUUUUCAGUGUAUAUUCAGAUUGAAUUUAUAUGUAGUAGCAUGGGUACGGUCAGGGGCUUUUCUUGAAAAUGUGAUCUGAUGUGCAAAAAUUAUUAUCUAUAUAGGCUUUUAGCUUUAAUUAGGGCCUGGAGAUUUUCCUAGGCUGGUUAUUUGGUCAGGAAAACUCUUAACCCAUUUCUGUGGAUCCUCUUUCACGGUGUAUAUAUACAAAUAAAGAGUUAUUUUAUUUAUUUAUUUUUCUUAAAAAGUAACUUCAAAAUGGAAGUCAUGCUGAUGAUCUUCUAAACUAUGCUCCACACUCCGGCCUGUUGGUGGCAGUAUUGGAAUUUGAAUCAUAACAAGGUGGGAAAAAAAUCUUCAGAAGCAGGUACAGCAGAAAAAUAAAAUAGUCUUUGUCCUUGGCUAGCUAGAUCUUUGCUUUUGUACUAGGUAAUAUAUGCAUUUUUAUGCAAUUGCAUGGAACUUGUUUGACGCCUCAAAAUCUAAAAUGACAUGGCGAACAUAAUGAGAUGGUACCCUCUUUAAGGCCUAAGACGAGCGCGGGUGAGGUUGCAGACGAGUGAACCUGAAGAGUCAUCCCAGCUCAGACACGCUGGAAGAUAACAUGCCAAAUGGAACCAGAGAGUUACAGUCUGGUGCUUCCUCUGCUAUGAGCUACAUUAUGGAUCCCUCUGCCAGAGACUGGAGCAAAGGCUCAUUGAGGGGUAGCAGUGGUCCCUUCUCCCCAGACACAGAUGGGGAUGUUGAUGGAGACCCUGUGCAGCCCAGUGUGGACCUGGAACUCGCUCGUAAGAAGAAGGAGCUGGAGCUCAUAGAGGAGAAGAUAGCUCGCAAGAAAGCUGUUCUUGCGACACGACAGCUUAAACACGGAGUUAAGGACAUGCCUAAAAAACAGACUGCAUCCACAACAGUGAAGGGCAUCGCUAAACAGACCAAGAUAAACAAUACAAUAUUCAAAACAUACAACCAGGUCACCGACAAGUCGUCACGCAUAUGCCUACCUCUUAAACGGAGGGUGCUAGACAUUCUACGUAAGUUCAGAAGAACACCGGUAAGGCACCUACGGCGUAAGACGAAGAAACAAAACAAGAUGCGAGCAUUGGAGCUGAUGAUUAGCGCUCCCCUAGAAAAUGAAGAGGCCCAUCCUCUGAGACUGAGAGUGAAGGGUUUAAUGAACCAACGACGCUCUCCCAACAAUGAGGUGGUUCCUGAUGAUAAACAGCAUAAUCCAACCAUUCAGAGGCCAGUUCACUCACUCAGGACACAGGAGAAAGACAUAGCAGCCACAGGCUUCCAGCGCUUCCUCAAUGUCCUCAAUGAAGGUGUGGACCUCAACAAGCUCUCAAAGAUCGUCAACGACGAAAAUGAGCUACUCAUUGUGGGCGAGGAGCUACCACAAGUUUGGCCGUCUCUGCUCGAGGGUCAUGUUGACUCCAGCAGUAGAUCCAAGUCUCCUCCAGUUGAGGAGAAGAAGGUGAGGCUUGAGGAUGAGCAGCGGUACGAGCAGAUGCAGACCCUGCUGGAGAUCGUUGGGCUGGACUUGGGGGUUGAGGAGUUGGGUCGGCUGACAGACAGGACCAAUGAUAGGCUGUAUGGGAAGAUGGGAGACUUGAAAAGGAAGGAGUUCGAGAAUGAGAAGGGUGAAGAGAAAAAGGAGAGCGAGCCUUCAUUUAAACAUCUCAGUACUUCCUCAUUACCAUCAGACAGCGCCAGCCCCCUUCUAAACCAGCACUCAAACAUGACCGUUGAAUACAGCAGCUCUAGUAACAGGGUAUGUGACAUAGAGAGACACAGGGACAGAUCUGAGAGGGACUGGCACCGACACUCUGGUACCAGAGACAAGGACAGAGAGAGGGAGGAGGAUAUAGUGAGAGAAAUGGAGAGAUCUGAGAGAGCUGGGCACAGAGAGGACAGAGCCAGAGAAGGGGACAGUCCUACGAGAGAGAGAUCCAGGCAAAGAUGCUCUAGUACCAGAGACAAGGACAGAGUCAGAGAAAGGGACAGAUCUGAGAGAAACCGAAAGGGAGACGGGCACAGACACUCUAGUACCAGAGAGAGAGACAAUGACAUACCGGUAGUCAGAGAAACAAACAGAUCAGAAAGGAACAGAGAUCAAUACGGGGCCAGAGACCCAGAGAAGGACUGGGACGGAGGCCAAGAGAGAGACCGGGACAGAUCUAGGAGAGACGGGGGCAGAUACAGAUCUGAGAGAGACGGGGACAGAGACCCAGAGAAAGGUAGGGACGGAGGCCGAGAGAAAGACCGGGACAGAGUGAGAGAUCGGGACAAAUACAGAUCUGAGAGAGACAGAAACCGAGCGAUAGACAAGGAUAUAGAAAGGUGGCUGCAAAGGACCAAUGACGGAGACAAACGUUCUAGGACCAGUGACUGGGACAGCGAGAGCGACUGGAACAGCCACUGUAGUACUAGAGACUGGGACAGAGAGAGAUCUGAGAGGGAUAGGUAUGGGGAUGAGUCCAGGGAAAGCUUCAUUGAGCUCUACUCAUACUCCAAGGACCCUAUAUUCCCUGCUUCUCAUCCUCAUGCAUUUAUGAUGGCAAACUACUCCCCCACCCAGUACUCUCAGUAUAUGACGUACCACAGCAGCCCCUACACCAUGGCCUUCCCUCCAGGGUGGGGUUAUCCCGGUGGCACCAUGCCCCCUGGCACCAUGCCCCCUGGCACCAUGCCCCCUGGUAUUAUGCCCCCUGGUAUUAUGCCCCCUGGUAUUGUGCCGCCUGGUAACAUGCCGCCUGGUACCAUGCUUCCUGGUGCCAUGCUGCCUAUUAACAAGCCCCGCCUACCUAACCCCCCUGGGUAUCCACCCAACACCAACUUCCCCCCUUAUUACUCUAAUGGCACCACAGCCUUAAACCAGACAUACACCAAGCCUGCUAGCAACCUCCAGCUCUCAUCUACCCAGCCUGCUAGCAACCUCCAGCUCUCAUCUACCCAGCCUGCUAGCAACCUCCAGCUCUCAUCUACCAAGCCUGCUAGCAACCUCCAGCUCUCAUCUACCCAGCCUGCUAGCAACCUCCAGCUUUCAUCUACCCAGCCUGCUAGCAACCUCCAGCUCUCAUCUACCCAACCUACUAGCAACCUACAGCUCACAUCUACCCAGCCUGCUACUAGCAACCUCCAGCUCACAUCUACCCAGCCUGCUACUAGCAACCUCCAGCUCACAUCUACCCAGCCUGCUACUAGCAACCUCCAGCUCACAUCUACCCAGCCUGCCGGCACUGCAGCAGUCUUGCCCCUCCUACGUAACCCCCCCAUUUGUCACAAGAAACUAGCUCCCUGGUUUAAAGAAAAUAGCAAAGCCCUGAAGCGAGUUUCCCGACAAAUGGAACGGAAAUGGCGCUCCACCAAUUUGGAAGUCUUCCGACUAGCUUGGAACGACAGUAAAGCGCAAUAUCGAAAAGCCCUCAAGGCCGCUCGUUUAGCCUACUUUUCCAAACAGAUUGAGGAGAAUAAAAACAAUCCAAAAUGUAUUUUUGAUACUGUUGACAAGCUAACUAAAGAGCAGCAUUCUCCAAGUGAGGAUGGCCUUCACUUCACCUAAGCAGUUACAUCCUGCCUGGUUGGCCCUGUCUGGGGGUAUCUUCGGACUGGGCCACAUUGUCUAAGCACUGGGUUCUGUCUAAGCCCUUUGUGACAUUUACUGAUGAAAAAGGGCUUUAUAAAUAAAUUAAUUUGAUUGGUUGGUCUUAACUCAGAGAUACAAAUCAAAUCAAAUUUAUUUAUAUAGCCCUUCGUACAUCAGCUGAUAUCUCAAAGUGCUGUACAGAAACCCAGCCUAAAACCCCAAACAGCAAACAAUGCAGGUGUAAAAGCACGGUGGCUAGGAAAAAAUACACCCAGCCCUCUAGCAACUGCAAGGAAAAGAGACAGAAGCAUGCAGAAGCCGUAGCGAAAGUGAAAAGAGAAACAUGGAAGAGACAGAAAUAUGCAGAAGAUGUAGUGAAAGUAUCCUGUCAGAUGGUGACAAAGAAGUCCCCCUCUGAACCAGGGUGAAUGACGAAAGCAAAGGGGGUAAACAAUGUAUUCUUCACAGGUAUUUUCAUGCAGAGUUAUCACAAUCAUCAAAGGAAGCGUAUGUGUAAGAGGAAACGGCUUUUGAAGAGGCGGAAUGAGGCUCACCAGCACAAAAUAAAGUGAUUGCUUGCAGAAGCAGCAGGGAAAGUGACUCCUCGGGUGGCUGUAAAGGAUUUCCCUUUUGGAGAGGAGCCCAAGAUCCAGAAGGAGUAACAAUGAUCGAUGGGGAGAAACUACAUGCUGACACUGUAGAAGAAGUGGUCCCUAAGAAGCUAGAUUUGUAAUGACACUAGCAAAGGAUUUGUUAUAGUUUAACCUCAUCCUUCAAAGUUUCAUGUUGAAGCUAUUUUCAGUGUAAUGUUUUGUAUUGUAUGUGGUAUGGGUAGGGCCAGUGGUCUUUCUUUACUAUUAUAUCUGCUCAGCAAACGCAUUUUCUCUCCCGUUAUAAACCAAAUCAUAAGGGCGUGGAGUUCACUUGAUCUGGUCAUGUGGUUAGGAAAGACCCCUGGCCCUGGGCAUAGUACAUGUGUGUCAAUGCAAUGAAAAGACCAUUGAUGACAUGCUUGCAAGUUCUCAUGCCUGAUAGCAAGAAAACUGCCCGUGUUUCAUUCCCCCACUUCAGUCUAUAGAUCAUCUUUUACUUUGUAUAUAUUUAAUUGAAUAAAAGAUUGUCUAAUAUUGUAA